AUGGCAAAACAGGGGUGUAGCCAGUGGGAGCGUGGGAGAGGGCGCGGGGGGGAGGAGGCGGGGGGGGAGGAAGGGGAGGAGGUGGGGGGGGUGGGGGGGGGGGGGGUGGGGGGUGCGGGGGGGGGUGGGGAGGUUAUGAAGGCACGGUGGGGGGGGGGGGGAGGGAGAGGGGGGGGGGUGGAGAGAGGGGUGGCGGGGAGGGGGACGGAGCCGUGGGGGGGGUUGGGUCGGUGGUCGGUCAGGCGGGGGGGGGGAGGCAGGGGGGGCGGGGGGACGAGAGGGGGGGGAGCUGGGGGGAGAGGGGCAGGAGGGGGGGGGGGGGGGGAUGGGGUGAUGGAGAUAGGGGCAGGGGGGGGGGGGGCGGGGGAGGGGAGGGGAGGGGAGGAGGGGGGAGGGCCGGGAGCGCGGGUGGGGGGGGGGGGAAGUGGGGGGGGGGGGGGUUGGGGGAGGGGGGGGGGGGGGUCUAAGGGGGGGGGGGGGGGGGGCCAGGGGUGGGAGGUGGAUGGGGGGGCGGGCGGGGGAGGGCGAGGGAGGGGGGGAACGGAUGGGGCUGGGGGUGGGGGGGGGGGAUUGGGGGCGGGGGGGCGGGGUGGAGGGGGAGGUCGAAGGGGGGGGGGAGGGGGGGCGGGGGGGCUGGUGAGCGGGAGGGCGAAGGGACAGCCCGGGGGGCGAGGGAGGGCUAGGGCGGGGGGGGGGGGAGGGCUAAAGUCGGGGGGGCCGGGGCCUGGGGGGGAGGGGGGGGAGGGGGGAAGUUGGGAGGCAUAG